AUGCUGGAGGACGAUCCGAAUCGUCUGUAUCGACUAGAUGGAGUCGCGUAUAUUGGUGGUGCCGUCCACCUUGAGUCCAAUCGAUGCAUCAGCAGCAUGACACAGCAGCACGGGAUGAUGUUGGAUGAUAGGAUCAUUCCUUACUUGCAGAUAGCUGGUCUUUACCAUCUUGCAAGAUUGAACGAGAGCUGGUUUCAGUUGGACGAGCCAUUGGUCAGCACCUUCGUAGAGCGAUGGCGCCCCGAGACGCAUACAUUCCACAUGUCAUUUGGGGAGUGCACGAUAACCCUACAGGAUUUUCUUGGGGUAUUGCCUCCUGCAAACUGCAUCGACAAGUUCAUAGUGAAGUGCACAUGGUUUGAGGAGACGUUUAGUGAGCUUCCACAAGGGGCAAAUGAGGAGACGAUUAGGAGGUAUGCCCGUGCGUACAUGAUGAUGCUUCUAUCGACGCAGCUGUUUGGAAACAAGUCAGGUGCAUGUGCCGUGUGGCAAACAGAAAUGUCGUCAAGUUGGCUGGUCCACUGCAGCUGCUCCAGUCAUGGAUCUUUUGAAGGUUCCCUGGAUUCCAGCCGGACGGAUUUGAUAUGGGGAGGUUAUCAGCCGAGCUUGAGUGACAAGGGGCCUCGUGUCGCGAAUUGGAGAUUGAGGAUUGAUUUGCUCCAGCCAGGGGAUUUUCUGUGGAUGCCGUAUAGCUUGGCGGAGGUUGUGCAGGUGGUACACCCCGAGAUAUUGGUGCCACGCCAUAUGACUAUGUGGAGGGCUGCGACAACAUUGAUCUAUUUCGCUGUCAUUGAGUGGGCGCAGCAUGUGCUACAGUUUGACAUCGUUCCUGAUCCAAGACCUUCUCAUGAGUACCUUGAUUGGUGGUAUCAGCACGGCAGGAGGUUUUUAUCACCUGAGCUCAUCCUAGGUGACCCUAGGGCAGCUGCGAUAUCAGCUUAG